AUGGCCACUGCUCAGCUCUCUCACUCCAUCAGAAUUCACAAGGCAUCUAAGGAAACAAUUUUCCCAUCCCAAAUUACUAAUGAGCAUGAGUCAUUGAUAAUGGUGAAGAAACUUUUUGCUACUUCUAUCUCAUGUAUAACAUAUUUAAGGGGUCUGUUUCCAGAGAGCUCUUAUGGAGAACGCCAUUUGGAUGACCUCAGUUUAAAAAUCCUCCGAGAAGAUAAAAAAUGUCCUGGGUCACUGCAUAUUAUCAAAUGGAUUCAAGGUUGUUUUGAUGCUUUGGAAAAGAGAUACCUACACAUGGCAGUACUUACACUUUACGCAAAUCCCAAGGAACCUGAGAAAGUGACUGAGAUAUACCAGUUCAAGUUCAAAUAUACAAAUGAAGGCGCCUCUAUGGAUUUUGACAGCCAUUCAUAUAAUACAAGCUUUGAAAGUGGGACAAAGAGUGAAGAUAUUAAGAAGGCCAGUACUUUGCUGAUCCGUAAGUUGUAUAUGCUGAUGCAGAACCUUGGACCCCUUCCUAAUGAUGUUAUACUUACUAUGAAACUCCACUACUAUAAUGCAGUGACCCCAAAUGAUUACCAGCCCCCUGGUUUUAAGGAAGGGGUAAACUCACACUUACUGCUUUUUGAGGGGGAACCUGUAAACCUGCAAGUGGGAAUGGUCUCAACUGGCUUUCACAGCAUGAAAGUUAAAGUCACAACUGAGGCCACCAGAGUGUCCGAUUUGGAGAAUAAUCUCUUCCAGGAGAAUAGCACCACCGAGAUUGCUCAUCAAGGUCUAGACUGCGAUGAGGAAGAGGAAGAAUGCAGCAAUCAUAUUCAAAGAACGAAUAUUGUAUACAGUCAGCAAAGUUCUGAGAGCUCCAGGAAGAAAAGGAAGGUCAGCGAACCAGCUAAAGUCUUCAUCCCUGACGGAAAAUGA